CAAGGCCCAUUGAUCUUUUGAAGAAAAGGCAGACACCUCUUCUUCCUCCUUCAAAAUCUUUCCCUGAAAUUUCGUCCCCAAACAGUUUCGGCUCUUCAAAUUUAAAUGCAGUAAAGCUCCUCCGAUCUUGGUGCUAUGGAUUGCUUUGAUUUUGACAGCGUGAAAGCGGAGAAGGCGAGGGCGAUGAGGAGGUAUAAUCUACUCCAGAGCGUCGCGAAAGUGUUCCGAUUCAUUGAGCUGAUUCUCGCCGUUGUGUUUCUGGCGUGGACCUCCGCUCGCGUCCCUUUCGCCGUCAGGAUCUCCAGCGAGUUUUUUGCGAAAGUCGGCGGCGUUAUCGCGAGUCCUCUCUUCGUCUUCCUGCUCUGCAACGUCAUCAUCGCCACUCUUUUCGCCAAGUCCGGUUGGUUUUCCGCCGAGAAUCUCGGCGCCAGCAAUGCGGAUACUGAACUCUACGAGGAAAUCGUCAAAAACAGUGACAAUCGCCAGACGCCAUUUGUGGAAGACGAUGCUGCACACUCGACAGACGAGAUUGUUUACCAGGACAAGGAAAUCAUCUCAGAAGCGAGUACAAUGGAUUUGGAAAGGGAGCGGAAUUCCGAUUUGGAUCUUGAUUCUGAUUCGGAUAAGGACGUGGAUCAUCGGAGAGCUUAUCGGAGGAGCAAAUCGGAGAAGUUCGUGAGAGAGAGUGAAGAGAAAGGGAAAAAGGAGCUGCGCCGAUCGGAGACGGAGAAGAUCUGGAAACUCGAACGGCGCGGCGAGGAAUUACAUCCACAGGAGGAGCUGAGCAAUGAGGAGUUUCAGCGGAAGAUUGAGGAUUUCAUCUCCAAGCAGUUGCAGUUUCGCCGGGAGGAAUCUCUAGCCAUUGUUCUUCGAAGUCAGGCCUAAAAAAAAA